CGGUAAUUGGCUGGCCAGGCAGACAGCGCCUGCCCCAACCCCGCCCCCGGAGUCGUGGGGAACGCGGGUGGGGGCGGGGCCUGGGCUGGAGGGGCGGGGUAGAGCCUCUGAGCCGGUAAAGGGGCUGCCUGGAGCGCGAACAGAGCGAUCUACUGCCGCCAGCCGCCUGGCCCUUCCGACUCGCCGCCCUACUCUCCGCCCGCCGCCGUCACCAAGGAAACGGGCUGCAAUUCCUCGCCGACCCCAAGCUGGUUUCAUGGCAGCCGCGAAUAAAGCAGUUUUGGGACCGUUGGUGGGAGCAGUGGACCAGGGCACCAGCUCGACGCGCUUUUUGGUUUUCAACUCAAAAACAGCUGAACUACUUAGUCAUCAUCAAGUAGAACUAAAACAAGAGUUUCCAAAAGAAGGAUGGGUGGAACAGGACCCUAAGGAAAUUCUGAAUUCUGUAUAUGAGUGUAUAGAGAAAACCUGUGAGAAACUUGGACAGCUCAAUAUUGAUAUUUCCAACAUAAAAGCUAUCGGUGUCAGUAACCAGAGGGAAACCACUGUGGUCUGGGACAAGUUAACUGGAGAGCCUCUCUACAAUGCCGUAGCUGCUCGAGUUUCUCCUGGCCCUUCAGAUCCAGUUGCCGUUGUUCUCUCUGGCUCUUCAGUUCCAGCUGCUGGCACUUCCUCAGUGUGGCUUGACCUAAGAACCCAGUCUACCGUUGAGAAUCUUAGUAAAAGAAUUCCCGGAAAUAAUAACUUUGUCAAGUCCAAGACAGGCCUUCCACUUAGCACUUAUUUCAGUGCAGUGAAACUUCGUUGGCUCCUUGACAAUGUGAGAAAAGUUCAAAAAGCAGUUGAAGAAGAGAGAGCUCUUUUUGGGACCGUUGAUUCAUGGCUUAUUUGGUGCUUGACAGGAGGAGCCAAUGGAGGUGUCCAUUGUACAGAUGUAACAAAUGCAAGCAGGACGAUGCUUUUCAACAUUCAUUCUUUGGAAUGGGAUAAAGAACUCUGCGAAUUUUUUGAAAUUCCAAUGAAAAUUCUUCCAAAUGUUCGGAGUUCUUCUGAGAUCUAUGGCCUAAUGAAAAUCUCUCAUAGCCUGAAAGCUGGGGCCUUGGAAGGUGUGCCAAUAUCCGGGUGUUUGGGUGACCAGUCUGCUGCAUUGGUGGGACAAAUGUGCUUCCAGGAUGGACAAGCCAAAAACACGUAUGGAACAGGCUGUUUCUUAUUAUGUAACACUGGCCGUAAGUGUGUAUUUUCUGAACAUGGCCUUCUGACUACAGUGGCUUACAAACUUGGCAGAGACAAACCAGUAUAUUAUGCAUUAGAAGGUUCGGUAGCUAUAGCUGGUGCUGUUGUUCGCUGGCUAAGAGACAAUCUUGGAAUUAUAAAGACCUCUGAGGAAAUUGAAAAACUUGCUAAAGAAGUAGGUACUUCUUAUGGCUGCUAUUUCGUCCCAGCGUUUUCAGGGCUGUAUGCACCAUAUUGGGAGCCUAGUGCAAGAGGGAUCAUCUGUGGGCUUACUCAGUUCACCAAUAGAUGCCAUAUUGCUUUUGCUGCAUUGGAAGCUGUUUGUUUCCAAACCCGAGAGAUUUUGGAUGCCAUGAACCGUGACUGUGGAAUGCCACUCAGACACCUGCAGGUAGAUGGAGGGAUGACCAACAACAAAAUUCUCAUGCAGCUCCAAGCAGACAUUCUAUAUAUCCCAGUAGUGAAGCCCUCCAUGCCUGAAACAACUGCCCUGGGAGCCGCCAUGGCAGCAGGAGCUGCUGAAGGAGUUGGUGUAUGGAGUCUUGACCCUGAGGACUUGUCAGCUGUCACAGUGGAGCGGUUUGAACCUCAGAUCAACGCUGAGGAAAGUGAAAUCCGUUAUUCUACGUGGAAGAAAGCCGUGAUGAAGUCAAUGGGUUGGGUUACAACUCAGUCUUCAGAAAGUGGUGACCCUAGUAUCUUCUGUAGUCUACCCUUGGGCUUUUUUAUAGUGAGUAGCAUGGUAAUGUUAAUCGGAGCAAGGUACCUCUCAGACUAGAACUUAGAUCAAAGUUAAAUUGAGAGAGAUGUUUCAGGAAACGUGAAACUCAGCUGUUAGCACUUGAUCAGGCACACUCUGAAGAAUUAACCAACAGCCGAAGAACUAGUUUCUGGAAUGAUGAGCAUCUUACUUUGUUAGAAAAGACUACACUGGUCCAUCUCAGCAUCCAGAAAAUACCCUGGUGAGGUCAGCAGUUGUUAUCAAUAGGGUCUUGCGGUCAAGGCUAACCAUGACCUACUGGUUCCAUUCUCUGUUUCUGUUCCUCUCUACCUGGGUUAGUUGGUGGAGUCAAGUAUGAAAUCAUUCUCUGAACUCAAUAGUGAACACCUCAAUCUUUUGUUCUCCGGGUAAUCAGUAACAUGAGUAAAGCAUUUUUCUUCUGUAGUAAUGUGUUAGAAUUUUUUCAGUGUUUGUUUUGAAAUGCCGAAAGCUCAAUUAUUUGGUUUAUGGGUAUUUUGUAUCAUGUGGAAAUGAAGAGUGGUAGCUGUAUUUAGGAGGAACUACCAAAAAAAAAAAAGCUGUCAUAGCACAGAAACUAACAGCAUUGGCAGUAGAGUAGGUAGUAUUUACUGCAUAGUGUCUACCUAAUAGUAAAUAGAAAUGCAAAAAUUGCUAUUUUUUUAUAGAUUCAAUGAGGUAUGUAAUUGAUAUACAGGAAAUUGCACAUAUUUCAUGUAUAUAAUCUGAUUAGUUUGGACAUAACGCAUAUAUCCAGUAUCCCAUCACCACAAUCAAUGUUAUAAACAUAUCCAUUGCCUCUAAUAGUUUCCUUGUAUCCCUUUGCUGUGUGUGUGUGUAUGUGUGAAGAAGCUUAACAUGAGAUCUACCCUCCUAACAAAAUUUUAAGUGCGCAAUACUAUAUUAUUAACUCUAGGCACUAUGUUCUGGAACUUACUCAUCUUGUAUAACUGUAACUUCUUUUCCAUUGAACAACUCCCUUUCCCCCCUCACUUCAGCCCCUGCUAACCACCAGUGUCCUUUCUAUUUCAACGAAUUUAACUUUAAGACUCCACUCAUGAACUGAGAUCAUUGCACUAUUUGUCUUUCUGUGUCUGGUUUAUUUCACUUAACAUGUCUUCCAAGUCCCUCUAUGUUGUCACAAAUAGUAGGGUUUCCUUCUUUUUUUAUUUUUUGGCCACACCAGCAGUAUGUGGAGAUUCUUGGGUCAGGGACUGAACCCGUGCUAUAGCAGAGAGCAAAGCUGCUGCAGUGACAAUGCCAGAUCCUUAACUCGUUGAACCGCAAGAAAACUCCAAGAUUUCCUUCUUUUUUUAAAGCCAAAUAAGAUUCCAUUAUUUGAAUAUGCCACAUUUUAUUUAUCCAUUCCUCUGUCAGUAAACAUUUGGGUUGUUUCUAUAUCUUGGAUAUUGUGAAUAAUGUAAUAAUAAUAUUGUGAAUAAUAAUAUUAUGAAUAAUGCAGUUUUUCGGAUAUAUACUCAGAAGUGGGAUUGCUAGAUUAUAUGGUAGUUCUAUUUUUAAUUUUUUUGAAGAAUCUUCAUACUGUUUUUCCAUAGUGGAUUUACAUUCAACAGUCUACAGGAUUCCAAAAAUUAUUUUUUCACUAGAACUUUAUAAUAGCUAGUUUUAACUAAUAAUAUUCAAAUAAUGAGGUACAGUUGAUCUGUUCUUGCAACCUAACAACCCAUAAGGUCACAUAAUAGAUAAUUAGUGGAAAACUUAAUGACUUUUUUUUCCACACCCAUGCAAUGCAGAAGUUCCUGGGCCAAGGAUCAAACUUGCACCGCAGCAGCAACAAUGCCAGAUCCUGGUGCUACCAGGGAACUCAAAAACUUAGUGACUUUUAUUUUUAUUUAUUUAUUUUUAUUUAGGGCCGUACCCCCAGCAUAUGAAGUUUUCAGGCUAGGGUCGAAUUGAAGCUACAGCUGCUGGCCUACGCCACAGCCACAGCAACGCCAGAUCCGAGCCAUGUCUGUGACUACACCACAGCUCACAGCAACGCUGGAUCCUUAACCCACUGAGGGAGGCCGGGGAUCAAACCUGCAUCCUCACGGAUACUAGUGAGAUUGUUUCCACGGCGCCACAAUGGGAACUCCCUUAGUGACUUUUAAAACCAAUUUAAUUGGUCUGUACCUAUAGGCACAUACCUUAGUUCUAGUCUUAUCAUAGAGUAUAAAAUGUUAAAUAUCAAACUCUCACAAGUACUUCUGGAGAUAUUUCCCUGUCAUCAGAUUUCGUGAAAAUGAUUAAUUAAAUUUGGGAUCUAUAAACAUAAAUAUUCUGAGAAGCAGAGGAUAGGUUAAAACACAAGUUGUUUGACUAGACCAAUAUGUUUAUUUAUCAGUUUUCUUUCUAUUUCAGACAACUAAUUUUACCUGAUGGCAUAAUGGUUGACAGAUGAUAAUAACUACUACCUCAGGCCUUUUUCAAUUUUCCUGUGUAGCAUUAAAAUUAAAUAGCUUCUUUUAUUGCUUAUUACUAAACCUGAUAUUAUUUAUCUCAUUGGUUGCUUAUUAUAUGACUAGUUUACAAGUGGAUUUUAUAAAUAUCAGAUCAUUUAAAUCAUCCACAGAUUUCCUUUAUGGCACAGUGAGUUUAAGGAUCUGGUACUGUCACUGCAGCGGCUUGGGUCACUGCUAUGACAUAUGUUCGAUCCCUAGCUCAAGAACUUCCACAUGCCGUGGGCACAGCCAAGAAAAAAAAAAUCAUCCUCAAAACACUCAUCAAAAGGAGACUGGUUAAAUUAACCGUGAUACAGCCAUACAAUGUCAAACAUACAGCUUUAGAAAAGAAUGAAGACACGGUCUAGAAACUUACAUAUGUGAACAUCUAGGAUAAGUGAAAAAGUAAGAUGCAGAAGAGUACGUAAAUUUGCUACCUUUCCAUUUUUAAAAAAUGAGGGAAAAUUGAGAUUUUGCCUAUUCUGGAAGGAUGCAUAAAUAAACUAUUAACAGUGUUUAUAAUGUUAAGAUUAUAACUGGAACAGAAAGCAAUGAUUAGACAUGGGGGACAGGAGUGGGGAAAAACUUUUAUAUGUAUAUAAAAAAGGUGUGUGUGUGUAUAUAUAUAUAUAUGUGUGUGUGUGUGUGUAUGUUAUGUAUUUGAAUCAUGUAAAUUGCUAGUAUGUAUAAGAUUGAACCAUGUUAACCUAUUAACUAUUUAGAAAACUAAUUUAAAAUUUUCAAACUUAAAUUCACAGGCCAUUGUACUUGAAUGUUCAUGGCAACAUUAUUCAUAAGAGCCAAAUGUCUGUUACUUGAUGAAUGGUUAAAUGAAAGGUGGUAUAUCCAUACAAUGGAAUAUGUUGAGAUAUAAAAAUGAAUAAAGUAUGGAUACAUGCUACUACAUGGAUGAACCUUGAAAACUGUGCAAAGUAAAAAAAGUCAUACACAAACAGCCACAUAUUUUAUGAUUACAAUUGUAUGAUAUGACGAGACAAAUCCAUAGAGACAGAAAGUAUAUUAGCGGCUGCCAGAGUCUGGGGGUGGGAGGGAAAAUGGCACCUGAAUGCUAAUGGACAGGAUUUCUUUUGAGGUGAUGAUUGCACAACUUUACGAAUAUGCUAAACACGGAAUUACACACUUUAAAGAAGUCCAGUUAUGGUAUAUGAAUUAUAUCUCAAUAAAAAUGUAAUUUUAGUUUGCAUUUAUUUAAAAUAAAUCCAGGAGUUCCCAUCAUGGCGCAGUAGUUAACGAAUCCGACUAGGAACCUUGAGGUUGCGGGUUCGAUCCCUGGCCUUGCUCAGUGGGUUAAGGAUCCGGUGUUGCCGUGAGCUGUGGUGUAGGUCGCAGACUCGGCUUGGAUCCUGCGUUGCUGUGGCUCUCGCGUAGGCCGGUGGCUACAGCUCUGAUUAGACCCCUAGCCUGGGAACGUCCAUGUGCCAUGGGUGCGGCCCUCAAAAAAAAAGACAAAAGACCAAAAAAAAAAAAAAAUGACCAGUCUCUGACAGGAUGUGAGCUUGUAGUCCUUGAAACAAGCCCUCUGAAGGAAAUAAAUUUUAUUUGCUCUUUGAAAAAUGGAGCUUAAUAAACUUUUCUCAUUUGAAUUUCACUUUCAUUGUUUUUCAAGUAUCUUAAUAUUGGAAAUAAGAAAAAUGCUUUUGGACUUCCCGUCAUGGUGCAGCAGAAACUAAUCCAACUGGGAACCAUGAGGUUGCCUCACUUAAUGGGUUAAGGAUCUGGCCUUGCCAUGAGCUGUGGUAUAGGUCACAGAUGCGGCUCGGAUCUGGUGUUGCUGUGGCUCUGGCGUAGGCUGGUGCUACAGCUCCAAUUAGACCCCCUAGCCUGAGAACCUCCAUAUGCUGCAGGUGCUGCUCUAAAAGGACAAAAAAACAAAAAAAAAGAAAAAAGAAAAAUGGCUUUUGUCACUGAUACAUAAAAGAUUAUGAUGAAAUAGAAGAUCUGGGCUUCUAUUUAUCUUCCCAGCAAUUUUCAUGGUCUGUCCAGUAGAAUAUACUGAUAUAGGAGUUACCUGGUGGCCUAGCUGGUUAAGGAUCUAACAUUAUCACUGCUGUGGCUCAGGUUGCUGCUGUGGUACAGGUUUGAUCCUUGGUCCGGGAACUUCCACAUGCCAUGGGCGCACCCCCCCCCAAAAAAAGGAUGGAAAAUACUGAUAUAAAGGAGGUAGUCUUCUGAACAUAUUCAACAAAAUAUAUUACCAUGAUUACCAGCAACGACUUCUUCCUAAGUGGAAUCUUUUCUAACUAUGCUGUUUCUUAAUUUUUUUGAAAGUUUAAUUUCAUCUGUUUAUCAUCAGCUUUCUUCCCAAACUCAUGUUAAACUUUUCAGCCUUUAAUUUACCACCACAUCUUUUCCUUUUACUACAGUGUUUACAGGAGCAAACAGAUAGGUCUUUGUCACCCACUUCUUCAAUUAAUUGUAAAUCUGAUUCAAGAGCUAGUGAAUAUUUGCAACGUCACUCUCUACACCACUGGUUUCUCAGCAGCCAAAGGAGGUCUUUGUAAAAUGAGCAUUUCUGUCCAUUAAUUUUUGGGUCAAAUUCUUUGAAAAUUAGAUUAAUACUUUUCUUCAAAAAAUUGGAAAGUAAAAGAAGUUAAAAGACUAGAAAAUCAUCCGGAGUCUUAAAUAAUGCCUGUGUUUACUUUCAUUUUUUCCCCAGACUUUUAAGGUGGUAUUUUCAUAGAUCUUGAAUGUUCAUAAACUUGAUAUAAAAUUUUUUAAAUGCAAAACAAUAAUGACCAUGUAUAUGGAUACAUACUGGUGAAUUAGAUGUAUGAAACUUGCAUGGGAUGAAAGAUACCAAGUUUAAGAUGAUUGUUACCUUUGAAAAGCAGAGCAUGGAAUCAGGUCAAGACGCUUCACUGGAACCUGGAAAGUUGUUUUUCUUAAAAAAUUAAGAGCUAAAGCAAAUAAUAGCAAAAUCUUUUGACUGAGUGGUGGGUAUGGGUGUAUUCACUAUAUUCUCUGUAUGCUUAAAAUGUUUCAUGAUAAAAAGAUUGUGUAUUGUCCUCCUGAUUAUAUUUAUCUAAGUCCAUCUCUCACUGUCCAUUAGUGUAAUUUUGUUUAUUCUGACACCAUUUCCAAUUAAAAGGGCUGAAAUCUU